UGUUGUAUCACUAGCGUAGAAGCUGAUUAAACACUCAGCAUGCUGGCUCCCAGUGCCACUCCUAGAAAAUAAUGAAUUGGGUAAGGAAUAGUUAAUAAAAAAAUGUGCCUUGCUAACUGUGCACAUUACAACAAAGAGCUGGCAGCUCCUGAAGGAAAAGGGCUUGUGCUGCUGCCGUUCAAACUUGUCAGUCAACUCGUGCCAACAGCCUCAGCGUCUCCUCCCCAGCACACCCUCAUUACAUGUGUCUGUCUGACCUCAUCUGUGCAUCUGCUCACAGACGACGCUCCUGACAAGUCGGGAAUUUCUCCUUUACUCCCCUAGUGGAAAGAAGAGCAGAUUCCUCCCUGCUACUCCUCUAUCGCGUCCACUCCGCUCCCCAAGGAGGCUGCUUGCUUUAUGGUAGUUUUUGGACUUCCUUCCUGGCUGCCUGUCCUUGAUUUCUAGAAUGGAAGAAGCUGAGCUGGUGAAGGAAAGACUCCAGGCCAUCACAGAUAAAAGAAAAAUACAGGAAGAGAUCUCACAGAAACGUCUGAAAAUCGAGGAAGAAAAACUAAAGCAUCAGCAUUUGAAGAAAAAGGCCUUGAGGGAAAAAUGGCUUCUGGAUGGAGUCAGCAGCGGAAAAGAACAGGAAGAGAUGAAGAAGCAAAACCAAAAAGACCAGCACCAGAUCCAGGUUCUAGAACAAAGUAUCCUCAGGCUUGAGAAAGAGAUCCAGGGUCUUGAAAAGGCUGAACUGCAAAUCUCAACCAAUGAGGAGGCAAUUUUAAAGAAACUGAAAUCAGUUGAGCGUACAACAGAAGACAUAAUAAGGUCUGUGAAAGUGGAAAAAGAAGAAACAUCAGGAGAGUCAAUUGAAGACAUCUAUGCCAAUAUCCCUGAUCUACCAAAAUCCUACAUACCUUCCAGGUUAAGGAAGGAAAGAAAUGAAGGAACAGAAGAUGAUGAACAAAAUAGAAGAGCUUUGUAUGCCAUGGAAAUUAAAGUUGAAAAAGACUUGAAGACUGGAGAAAGCACAGUUCUGUCUUCAAUACCCCUCCCAUCAGAUGACUUCAAAGGUACAGGAAUAAAAGUUUAUGAUGAUGGACAGAAGUCAGUGUAUGCGGUAAGCUCUAAUCACAGCGCAGCAUACAAUGGCAAUGAUGAUCUAGCACCAGUUGAGGUAGAGGAACUUUUAAGACAAGCCUCAGAGAGAAACUCUAAAUCCCCAACAGAGUAUCAUGAGCCUGUAUAUGCUAACCCAUUUUGCAGACCUACAACUCCACAGAGAGAAAAGGUAAACCCUGGAUCAAGCUUUCAAGAAAGGAUGAUGAUUAAAGUUAAUGGACUGAGCAAUAAUGUAAAUGAAUCCAUACACAAUAUGGACAAUGGACUUUCAGAGGAAAGAGGCAACAACUUCAAUCAUCUCAGCCCCAUUCGUCCAAUACCUCAUCCUCGAUCAGUAAGUCAACAACAAGAGGAGAGACCUCACACUCCACAAACGAGGCUUAUGACUCCUUGGGAAGACUCUAAUGUAAUGCAGGACAAACAUGCACCCUCUCCCAAGGCAAGACUGAGCCCCAGCAAAACAAGACUUGAGAAGUCAGUGGCCCAGGCUUCUUCACCCACUUGCGAGGAGGAUGAGGAAGAUGUUAAAUAUAACAUUGUUCAUUCCCUGCCUCCUGACAUGGGGGAUGAGGAGCCAGUAACUAUGAUUUUCAUGGGUUAUCAGCAGGCAGAAGACAAUGAAGAGGAAAAGAAGCUUCUGACAGGCUAUGACGGAAUCAUCCACGCUGAACUGGUUGUGAUUGAUGAUGAAGAGGAUGGUGAAGAAGCUGGAAAACCAUCCUACCAUCCCAUUGGCCCCUACAGUCAAGUUUACCAGCCUGCCAAGCCAACGCCACUUCCUAGAAAGAGAUCAGAAGUUAGUCCCCAUGAAAACACAAACAAUAAAUCUCCCCACAAAAAUUCCAUAUCCUUGAAGGAACAAGAUGAAAGCUUAGGCAGCCCUGCCCACCAUUCUCAGCUUGAUGUUCAGAUUGCUGGAGAUGGGACUGAGGAUCCAUCCUUAACAGCUUUAAGGAUGAGAAUGGCAAAGCUGGGGAAAAAAGUGAUCUGAGACGUGUACCAUCUAUGUAAACAUCCUUUGGAGAAGAAACUAAGUUUGCAAAUUUCUCUUCUGAAUAUUUUUGUUUCGUUAUCCUGAAAUCUGAAAACUUAUGGCAAAUACCUAUACUAAGCCAUGUGAAUAAGCAGUAGCUAUUAAUUGUGAAAAUUCCUGAAAAAGCUGAGAAUAAAAAAUGCUUGGCUUUCCAGUUACUUGACAUGGUUCAGUGGGGGGAAGAAAACCAGCAUAUUUUUAUUGUAUUGAUACCAAAGCAUUUCUAAUAAGAGCUUGUUAAAAUUAAGAAUAAAGUUGUUUAAAA